UGGAGGCUCCCCCAAAAUCCUCAAUAAGUUCCAGAACCAUAGAUCUAAUAUUAGACUGGUGAGUCAUUAUGCAUUUUGGAUUGUCUUCUGGGAUGUGUACAUAAGGUUCUCUUCCAGGCGAUUGGGUUGAACCAAUCCCGGGGAAGUGGGACUGUUGCUUUAAAAACACAUCCUGAGCCAAAUUCCCUCCCUUCGUCUUUCCCAGUGGCACAAAGUGUAACUGCAAAAAAACAACUCGUCCUUACAUAAAGUGCGUAACUUUUGAGGUGCCUGAAUUUGUCAGGGUUGGUGCAGUCCUCCUGACAUGUAGAAGCUUUUAAAAGCUCAGUACUCUGCUUGGGUGAAUGACUGGAGCUUGGCGUUUGCAGUAUGGUUUGAGACAGCGAACAUGGAUUUUUCACAUCUUCACACGUAUGCUCCUCCCCAAUAUGUGCCAGAGAACACUGGCUAUACCUAUUCGCUCAGUUCCAGUUACUCCUCAACUGCUCUGGAUUUUGAGGCUAGCCACAAGCUAGAUCCUGUGUUCGACUCUCCAAGGAUGUCGAGGCGCAGCUUGCGCUUGUCUGCCACUGCGUACAGCUCAACGGAGGAUGGACACGGUGACUGCAACCUUGGCAGCCAUGGUAGCUCCUAUGCUGGGAAGAAGACUUUCGAAGAACAGUUUCCUAGAAUGAGUAGACAACGUAAAAGUGUGGUCAAACAAUCAGGGCCCGUGAGACAAAGCCCAAGAAAAACUGCAUCCAGCACUUCCGUUUUUAGCCAGAGCAGUUUCAGCAGCCACGCAAGUGAUGCAUCUUUUCUGUCUACCGUAUUGGAUGAGUCUUCAAUCAAGGAGCAGACAGCUGUUAAGCAUUUCUGGGGUCUCGAUGAUGACGGGGAUCUCAAAGGUGGACAUACAACAGUGAUUCAGGCCAAUGGGGACGUAGCAACUGCUGAGAGCCAAACGGCGCUAAGCAAUGGCUACACCGGCAAUGACUGCAGCAUACUUUCUGAGCGGAAGGAAGUCCUCACUGCCUUCUCGACUGCUCACAUGCCACCCACGAGAAUUUACUCCAGGGAUCGAAGCCAAAAACACAAGUCCGGGGGCCUCACUUUCUACACGAGUAAGAUUCUGGAAGCGGCCAAGUAUUCUGCAGCGUCUGUCACAUCCUUCUUAGUGCAGCUCUUUCACGUGGUAUUGCUGAAGCUGGGCUAUGAUUCGAAAGCUUAUUCCAAUUACUAUGGAAGCACGAAUGUAAAAGAAAUUCUCAGGGAAGACCACCAGCUGGGCACGAACGGGGAAUACUUCUGUGAUGACUGUAAGGGGAAGAAACAGCUUGAGGUGCACACAGCAGCCUACCUGCCCUCCUCACAGUCUAAAGGGGUCGCAAGGACCAUUGGGCACAUCUUUUCGUACGCAGGUUACUUUUUGCUGCACACAUUGCAGAGAACGGGGACGGCAGGAUGGCUUGCCUCCAAGAAGGUUCUGUCCCUCCUGUGGUUGGCUGUUGUGUCUCCAGGGAAGGCCGCCUCCGGAGUGUUCUGGUGGCUUGGGACCGGGUGGUACCAGCUCGUGACCCUGAUCUCUUUGCUGAAUGUAUUUAUUCUGACCAGAUGCCUUCCAACGUUGUUCAAGAUGUUCUUGUACCUCCUUCCUCUGUUGCUGUUGCUAGGUUUAUGGUUUUGGGGCUCUGAAGGUUUCCUUUCGCUGCUGCCAGCGCUCAAUUGGUCGAUGGUGCAGAAAGCAUACCAGUGGGACGACUCUGCGCCGAUCUUGGAACCUCUGCUGGAUUUGCCUCACACGUUUCAGACUGCCGACGAACCCACGAAAUCCUUUGACUCGAGUCGCGUGAGUGAGCUGGAAAAGCAAGUGUCCUUCCUGUCUGACAAGUGGCAUCGUCUAGACAAGGAAUACAGUCAAAUCCUUCUCCAGCUUCAGGUGUUUCAGGGUCAGAUUUCCCAGCUGAACGACAAAAGCGAGAUGUUGACAGUACUCAAGAACACGGUAGACCAGCACCUGACAGCAUCAAAAUCAAUGCCUGACUUUUCGAGCAUGCGUGAGGACCAUGAGCGGCGCAUCAUUGCGUUAGAAGAUCUUCUGGGCAAGCUCAGUGAGAAAUCUGAUUGGCUGACAUCCCAAUUCGCCAGCAAGAGCACCGUGCAGGUUUUGCUGCGCGAUUUGGAGCAGAGACUCAUCAGGAAACUCACUUGCCACAUGACCGAGACGAACACCAGGCCAUCUCCAGAACUGGUGACGAGCAUCGCGAGCCAGGCCGGAGUGUCAGGCAUCACAGAGGAACAAGCACAUACUAUUGUGAGCAACGCGCUGCAGCUUUAUUCGGAAGACAAGACGGGCAUGGCAGACUUUGCGCUGGAGUCUGGCGGUGGCAGUGUUCUGAGUACCCGGUGCUCAGAGACCUAUAACACACAAACAGCAGUGAUAAGCCUUUUUGGUGUUCCUCUGUGGUACUUCUCUCAGUCUCCUCGAGCUGUGAUUCAGCCUGACAUGUACCCAGGAAACUGCUGGGCGUUUCGAGGAUCACAGGGGCAUCUGGUCAUCCGCCUGUCGAUGAUGAUCCAUCCUACAGCUUUCACAUUGGAACACAUUUCGAAAUCGCUUUCACCCAGAGGAAACAUCGACAGUGCACCAAAAGAUUUUGCCGUAUAUGGUCUAGCAGAUGAAUAUCAGGAAGAAGGUGUCCUGCUAGGGCAGUAUACGUAUGAUCAUGAUGGCAAAUCAUUACAGAUAUUCCAAGUGACGGAGGCAGUGGACAAAGCGUACCAAAUUGUCGAAUUAAAAAUCCUUUCCAACUGGGGCAACGCUGAGUACACGUGCCUAUAUCGUUUCCGUGUUCACGGAAGGCUUGCCCAGUGAAUGUGAUGCACGGUUUCUUGCUAAUACGCUUUUCCCCCCUGUAUAUAUGUAUAUAGUGUAGAUGACUGCAGAAGACUGCCAACCUGAAUGCUCAGCCCAUAACUUCCAGAGAGUUUUAUAUUUUUUAACAUUUCAUUCUGUUGCAUGCCAAAUAAAACAAAAUCCGAUUAACCAAAAGCGAAAAUCUUUAUUUUGCGACACAGAAGUGUAAAGACACAGUCAAGCAUGAGACCUGGAAUCUGUUAGGGAUUAUUUAAAAUGCACUUGGGAAGGAGGGAUUGUAUUUUUUAAAAAAUUGCCCUUUUCCACUUGUCCUCUUUUGAGCAAGUUGAUGGCAGUUGUAAUUAGUAUUUACUGUUAGUCUGGAAUUAGUCAUUAGUAUGGAGUGAGUGUGUUGUAUGUUGGAUGCAGGCUUCGCCGAGCAUUAGUCCCAAGCAGAUAUAUAGUGUACAUAGAGGAAGAAGGGGGUUCCGAUCCAAGAAGGAAUGUUUUCUGUGGUCCUGAAUUAAAUGGGCUCAUGAGGAUAGGUGGGGUGUAGGAUCUGUAGCGAGAAGUCGUGAAAGGAAAAGCCAGACUUAAGAGAGUGAUGCCAGAAAUGUUCUGCCUCCGGUUAACUUGCAAGCAAAAUUCGUACCCUGGGCUUAUUCACACAUUUGUUUGUUUGUUUGUUUAUGGUUUAUCUUCUCAAAGCCUUUGUUGGGGAUCCUGGCAUUGCUGCUAACCUUUUAGAAAGCCAGGGGAAACCUCCAAAAUAAUGUGCAUUUGGGGGAAGUCCCAAAGGAUACGAUUCGCUCUGUGACAGAAUCAUCUGCAAAAAAAUAAAAAUAGAACUUGGUGGGGAAUUUCAGCACAGCAACCAAAGUUUUGCUAGAACUCCUGUCGAUAAUGGGGCUGCUUUUUAAAUUAUUGACACACCCUUGUGGCUCUGGAUUCUUUUUGACUGUGAUAUGAGUACUGUUAAACUCCUGUUGGAAAAAGUUUCCUUAAACUGAUGUCAUGCACAACUUCUCCCUUGCUCAUACCCUACUUUUCAGUGGUGGGGUGAGAGGAGGAGGAGUAACUUAAAUGUAGGUUUCUUUCUUCUUGGAAAGACAAUGGUGGUGCUGUGUGGUUUUCCAAAUAGGUGGCUAAUGUGUGUUCCACAAGAGUCCUCAAAUAUUUAUUUUUUUAAAAUAGUUGUCUCUGGAGAAAUACUGUGUUUUAUUCAGUUAAAGUUCAGCUAGAAAUAGAACCAAUGGCCUGUUGAGAAGAGUUUGCUAAAUAUGUAUAGGUGUUUCAUAUACUGUAGGUUAAAUAUAUAAAACAAAUAUAUAAAUAUGAGAAUUGUUCUGUAUAAACCUAAAAUGGGGAGCUGAGAGGGUGGGGAAUAUUUUGAAUAACACUAACUUUAACACUAACUUAUUUUUAAAGAAGAAGAAAAAAAAGAAAAAAAGGACUUUGUGCAAUGUAUUUUUGUAAAUGCUUUUUUCAAAAUAUUUGUCUCUCAUAUCCUUUGCUGCCUUCCAAACUGAC